GAGUUAACGCGAGAAUCCCCGUGUGAACUGGUUCCAUGGUAGUAAGCCUUCGUAAGCAGGUCGCUAACUCAAUCUACUUGUCAAAAUCAAAAUCCUAUCUGAGGGCCAUAUAUUAACCCCAAACAUUUCUAUCCCCUUCUCUUUCAAUCCAUCAAUCAUGUCCCAGUUCACCCCGGAGCCAACAGAUAACGCCUCCAUUGCCACCAUCCGCACUCUUGCUGCCGAUGUCGUUGGCAAAGCAAACUCUGGCCAUCCAGGUGCGCCCAUGGGUAUGGCACCCGUCUCCCAUGUCCUCUUUACAAGAUUCUUCAACGCAAACCCCAAAAACUCCAAGUGGUUCAACCGUGACCGAUUCGUUCUAUCUAAUGGACACGCCUGCGCACUGCAAUACAUCUUGUUGCAUCUCUUAGGCUACAAGCUUUCUAUGGAUGACCUUAAGGCAUUCAGGCAGCUUGAUUCUUUGACCCCUGGUCACCCCGAAGCACACCACACUGAUGGUAUCGAGGUCACCACCGGUCCCCUUGGUCAGGGAUUUGCCAACGGUGUUGGUCUUGCUAUGGCUCAGGCGCACUUGGGUGCAGUUUACAACCGUCCCCAGUUCGACCUUAUCAACAACUACACGUAUGUUUUCACUGGAGACGGUUGUUUGAUGGAGGGUGUUGCAUCCGAAGCUGCUUCGCUUGCUGGCCACUUGCAGCUGGGCAACUUGAUUGUCAUCUAUGAUGAUAACCAUAUUUCCAUUGAUGGUGACACCGCUGUCGCAUUCACUGAGAAUGUCGAGCAGCGCUUCUUGUCAUACGGCUGGCAAGUUCUCCAUGUCAAUGACGGCGACCACGAUCUCGCUGGCAUUAACGGCGCCAUCGUCGCUGCUCGUGCCGAAAAGAACAAGCCUACCAUCAUCUGUCUCAAGACCACGAUCGGUUACGGCUCAAAGCAGCAGGGUACCCACGGGGUUCAUGGCUCUCCUCUCAAGCCUGACGACAUUCAAGCUCUUAAGAGCAAAUUUGGAUUCCCUCCUGACCAAAAGUUCUACGUGCCUAAAGAGACUUACGACACUUACCAGGCAGCUGCACUUCGCGGUGCCCGGCUCGAGUCCCAAUGGAACAGCCUUUUCGCCGCGUACGCGAAGGCAUAUCCCAAGGAGCACGCAGAGCUCUCUCGCCGGAUUUCUGGGAAACUCCCGGAAGGAUGGGAACAGACUCUCCCCGUGUACAAGCCUUCCGAUCCUGCUCAGGCAUCUCGCAAGCUGUCUGAGCUUGUCCUGACGGCGAUCACGCCUGCGCUCCCCGAUCUCAUGGGUGGCUCUGCUGAUCUGACAGGCAGUAACUUGACCAAGGUCAAGGGAACUGUCGACUUCCAGCCACCCAGCACUGGACUCGGAAACUACGCUGGCACGUACAUCCGAUAUGGUGUUCGUGAGCACGGUAUGGGUGCGAUUGCCAAUGGUCUGCAUGCUUAUGGUGGUAUUGUGCCAUUCGUGGCUACAUUCUUGAACUUCGUUUCAUAUGCGGCUGGUGCCGUCAGGUUGUCCGCGCUCAGCAAGCAUCAGGUUAUCUGGGUCGCCACGCAUGACUCCAUCGGUCUUGGAGAAGACGGUCCCACUCACCAGCCGAUCGAAACUGCCAUCCACUUGCGUGCAAUCCCCAACCUGGACUUCUGGCGCCCCGCAGACGGUAACGAAACAUCCGCAGCCUACUACGUCGCCCUCAAGAGCACGCAAACGCCAUCCGUCUUCUCACUUUCUCGGCAGAACCUGCCGAACCUCGAGGGCUCUACCAUCGAGCGUGCAGCACGUGGUGGAUACGUGCUCUACGAGGUCGCCAACGAGGACAUGACGAUUGUCAGCAGCGGCAGCGAGGUUCCGAUCGCUCUUGAGGCAGCAAGCUUGCUUAAGGCAGAGGGUAUCAACGUCAGACUUGUUAGCUUGCCUUGCUGGUCGGUAUUCGACAAGCAGGACGAGCAAUACAGGCUCAGUGUCCUCAGGAGCGGUGCUCCCAUCCUGUCAUUGGAGGCCCUCACGACCGCUGGUUGGCAAAAAUACAGUCAUGAGCAAUAUGGUCUUCCUGCAUGGGGUGCUUCAGGACCGUACCUUAAGGUGUAUGAGAAGUUUGGCAUCACUGGCCCUAACAUUGCCGCCGUUAGCAAGAAGGUCAUCGCGUUCUACAAGCAGAGGGGUGGACAAGUCGUGUCUCCUCUCGUCAAGGCUCUGUAGGUUAUCGUGUCCUGUAUAAAAAUUCGCCGGUCCUGCAAUUAGGAUAGAUUACUUAUAGAAAGCACAGUGUAACAAUGCUGUAAUGAAAUAGAUUGAUUUUUGACAAA